CUGUCGGUAUAAAACGCAUGUGCCUGCGCGUGCCCCUCCGUCAUCACGAGCUUUGAUUCGGUGCUGGAGUUCGGAAAAAACCUUUAAGAUGCGAUUCUACUACAGCUUGACUUUAUCAGCCCUCGUCCUCUUAUACCUGAUAUCGGAUAAUGUACUCGAAGCCUCAAAGAAAGACAAAGGCAGGUACAUGUUUGUGAAGUGCAGUCCAGACAGCAAAAAUGCAAACUGUCUCACAAAGAAGGGCCCGUGGAUCGAUCUGCAAGGAAAACCUCACCAGAUUUCUUCUAAAGACAUAAAUGGCAUUUAUCCUGUCCAGAGCAGUGAAGAGAGCUUUGAGUCUGGAGACGGCUCUGGUGACUUCAUCAACUUACCUGAUUUAAACCGGAAACCACGUGAUGGUAGUGCAGAAGAGGACACUGUGCUGGAAGGGAGCGCUGAUUACAACUAUAUCAGUCCUUUGUUGGAGAAACCCAAGCUGACUGCUGAGGAUCUGCGUGAAGAUAAUGUGAUCGAAUGAGCUGAAAUCUUCCACCUAAUAUCACUUAAGUCUUGUAAAGACUCUCAGGAUAAAAAGCCCUAAAGCCCCUAAAAUGCUGUAUUUUUUUCUAUUUCUCCGUCUUUAAUAUGAGCACAAGUUUAUUUGUACCGGACUACUUUACACUCUGUUGCAUGUUGGGACAGGAAGUUUAAGUGAUCCAAUACAUUCCUUAAGUGAUAAUUAUUUUAUGCCCCUAAAGAUAUUAUUUUUGUCAGAGUAAAUGAAUCAGUUAAUAUAAUAUAUAGUAUGAGAGUUUUGAUAUGCUUUGCUAUCAUUUAACAUAUUUAUGUUGUAUCAGAGGUAAUGUCAGUAUAAACUGGAAUUUCAUUUUCAGAAAAGUUUUUACUAUUUUCUGCCACUUUAUGUUUGUUUUUUUCCUUUAUAAACGCUGUUGGUCCUUGAUGUUUAAGGGGAACCAAUCCUGUGCAAUUGCUUUAAGCUUUUUUUCCCCCUAGUAAUUUGUUCAUAUCAUAUGUGUAAUGCAUUAUUAUUAUUAUUCACUUGAAAUCAGUAGCAAGUGUAUGAAAUUCAUUAGCACAGUAUUUACCUCUCAUGAGGUUUUAUUCCACUGCAUUUUAUUUUUCAAUUAAAAUUGUCCAAGGAA